CUUAUCGCUCGUAUUUGUCCAACGUUUACGUCUCUCCGUGUUUGCCCACCGAAUCGCGCGGUGAAACAAUUUAGUCCGAGCGACUGGAACAAAUCGGCAGGCCGACCGAUCGAGCGAACGAACGGAGCGUAGACUAGAAGGAAUCCAAAUCGUACUCGAGCGUGUGGGGGAACGGCUCCGCUUCGACCGCGCCGUCGAUCGUUGCUCCGGCACAGUUUACGCCUCGAGAUGGACGCGUCACGAUCCAACGACGAAACGAUUCGGUUGCUGAAACGCCUGCUGCGAAUCAUCGAGGAAGAGAAUGCGUUCGAUCGCGAGGACGGCCAGCCCGUCCUACGAUUCCGGUAUCCGGAGGAGCUGCAGAGUCAACUAGCGAUCCGGUUGACCGACGAACCAUCCAGCGAAGAAGAUAUCGAGACCGCGAUAAGGCAGACGAUUCGCUACUCGGUCAAAACGUACAGUCCGCGCUUUCACAAUCAGCUGUACGCCGGGGUCGACCCGUACAGUCUGGCCGGUUCCUGGAUGACGGAUUAUCUCAACACGAGUCAGUACACGUACGAGGUGGGCCCCGUGUUCACGUUGAUGGAACGAGAGGUUAUCGAACGGUUUCUGCAGUUGGUCGGAUAUCCACCGAUGCCGGAGGGGGACGGGAUUCUCUGUCCCGGUGGCAGCCUGUCCAACAUGUACGGUAUGGUGAUGGCUCGAUACAAGAAGAUACCGGAGGUAAAGAGCAAAGGGAUGUCGGGUUUUCCGCCGCUGGUGUCUUUCACCAGCGAGGGUGGGCACUACUCCAUCUCGAAGGGUGCUCACUGGCUGGGUAUGGGAACCGAUCAAGUGUACAAGGUAAAAUGCGACGAGCUGGGCCGCAUGCGACCGGACAGUCUCAAAGCAGCGGUCGCCGAAGUCAAGGAGCGGGGACACUUACCGUUCUUCGUGAACGCCACCUGCGGCACCACCGUGCUAGGAGCUUUCGACCCUCUUCCGGAAAUCGCGGAGAUCUGUCGGCAAGAGGAUCUCUGGUUACACGUUGACGCUUGCCUCGGCGGUACGCUGCUGCUCUCGGAAAAGUACCGGUCGCUGUUGAAAGGAAUCGAGCUUUCGAACUCCGUGGCGUGGAAUCCGCACAAGAUGCUGGGCGCUCCGCUGCAGUGCUCGCUGUUCGUGGUGAAGGGUAAGAACGCUCUGCACGAGGCGAAUUGCGCGGGUGCCAGGUACCUGUUCCAGCAGGACAAACACUACGACGUGUCCUGGGACACGGGGGACAAGAGCGUGCAGUGCGGGAGAAAGGUGGACGGCGCAAAAUUGUGGCUGAUGUGGAAAGCGCGUGGAACCAAAGGCCUCAGCGAUUCCGUGGACGUCGCUAUGUCCAUGGCCGAAUACUUCUUUGACCGCAUCAAGAAUCGCGACGGUUUCCGCCUGGUUCUCCCGCGAUACGAAGGUUGCAACGUUUGCUUCUGGUACAUACCGCCGAGCAUGCGAGGACGAGAAGAGACGCAGGACUGGUGGAAGAAACUGUACGAGAUGACCGCGAAGAUCAAGGAACGCAUGAUGAUGGAGGGAUCUUUGAUGGUCGGCUACACCCCGCUCUCGUACGCCAACGUCGGCAAUUUCUUCCGAAUGGUCGUUACCUGUCAACCGCCUCCGACGAAAGCUUCCAUGGAUUACGUUAUCGAGACGAUCGAGCGCUUGGCUGUCGACGCGUAAGCUCCGAAGACGAAGAGGUGAAAAAGCUCCGGCGAAAAUUGACUCCGUAGGAGCGUUAUCAACGUCUUUAUUGCGAUCGAUCGACGCGUUUGGAAAGAUCCGUGAUAGAAUAGAGAAAGGGUAGUAGACGGGGCUCGUUCGGUCGUGGACGUCGUCGUUUGCGCGUAAUUCGAACUGGCAAAAUACGUAUCGAACAGUGGAAAUCGCCCGCUACCGGACUAAGGCGCUUACAAUCGGUGCGCCUCGGCCGGUCGGACGAUUCUUUUUCUUUAUUCUCGGAUAUUCUUUGCGCAUACGCGUCGACGCGUGGCCGCGACUCAAUGUGAGCCAAUAAAACGACGCGAUCGAAGCGCAGCGAGCACGUCCGCUUUCACGUUCGCGCGCAUAGAUAGGUACAUUUUCGUUUGCGCGCGCGAGCCGGAUAAACUCGUUUCGUACGCGCGCGAUCCCACUUCAAAUGGCACUAAAUCCUCCGACGCAAAAUAACAGUCGUGGUCGUUGGUCCUUUAAAAUAAACGAGUACAAAACAA